AGGUGUUGGGUACCAUCUUUGGAUAGACCUUUUUUUUUUCAAUUACAACAUCCAUUUCUCUACUGUAUACUUUUGCAGAGCAGAUAUUUGCAUCCUUUCCAGAUAGCCUUCUCUCUGCCUUGGCACUUUUCAAUGCUUUGUUGAUCCGCAAGGAAACGCAUGGAACUCUAUUGUUUGUUAAUAUCCCUCUCCUGCCAUUGCGGUAUUUAUCCUUUCUCAGUAGGUCCAGAGUUUCUGCCUUUUGGGGUUUUCCCUUCUUAUUUCAAUUCAUUGUAAAUUUGUGAGCUUUGAAGUCCCAAUCCCUAGCUCUAUUAUUUGUUGCCUUCUAGCGUUUUCCCUUAUUUCAAUUCAUUGUAAACAUAUCUUGUUAUGCUCUAUAGCACUGUUAUUUCUGGCCUUUCAGUGUUCUCCUCCCACUCCAGGAAGAAGCUGAAACCUAACAUUGUGAUGUCACAGGACCUCCCAAAGUCUUGAAAUGUAAACCCUAGUUUUUUGUUCUGGGUUUAUGUAUUUUCUAUAAUGGGGUCCAGUGUUGUUGCUCUGGGGAGUAAUGUUCUGGAGCCUCGGAAUGAGAUGGAGUUUGAUUCUCAUGAGGCGGCAUACGAAUUUUAUAGAGGAUAUGCCAAAUCCGUCGGAUUCGGCACUGCCAAAGCCAGCAGUCGUCGCUCAAGGGUGUCCAAAGAGUUCAUUGAUGCAAAGUUUUCUUGCACAAGUUAUGGUAAUAAGCAGCAGUCUGAUGACGUAAUUAACCCUAGGCCUUCACCCAAGAUUGGGUGCAAGGCUAGCAUGCAUGUCAAGAGAAGGCAGAAUGGGAAGUGGUACAUCCAUAGCUUUGUGAAGGAGCACAAUCACGACCUUUGGCUGGCACACGUGCAUCGUUUUCGGAGCCACAUGAGUGCUGAUCCCAUCACGAGCGGUCCUAAAAUCCGGAGGAAAAAGGUUCUUUCUGCUGUGUCAAACCAGUACGAUACCUACCAGUUCUCUAGUUCUUUGGAUAAUAUAUUUAGGAAUCAGAAUGGUAGGGGUCGUAGUUUAGCUUUAGAAGAAGGAGAUGCUCAAAUUUUGCUUGAAUUUUUCGUGCACAUGCAAGAAGCGAACCCAAAAUUCUUUUAUGCAGUAGACUUGAAUGAGGAGCAUCGGCUGAGAAAUGUGUUUUGGGUUGAUGCCAAAGGUAUGGAUGAUUUUGCUCACUUCAGUGAUGUGGUCUCGUUUGAUGUUUCAUAUUUCACAAACAAGUUUCGGAUACCUCUGGUCUUUUUUAUUGGUGUAAACAAUCACAUUCAGCCAGUAUUACUGGGAUGUGCAUUGAUCGCAGACGAGACAAUCCAUACAUUUCUUUGGUUGCUUAAAGCAUGGUGCUUGGCAAUGGGUGGGCAAGGCCCAAGAGUGUUGCUCACUGACCAAAGCAUUGCAAUAAAAGGGGCUGUUUCAGCAGUUUUUCCUGACACAUGUCACUACUUUAGCUUGUGGUGUGUUUUGGAGAAAAUCCCGAAGUAUCUUGAUUACCUUAGCCUGUGGCAUGAUCUUUUCAUUGCAAAAUUCUGUAAAUGCAUACAUAGGUCAUGUGCUGAAGAAAAGUUCGAAAAAAGAUGGUGGAAAUUGCUCGACAGAUUUAGCCUCAGAGAAGAUGAAUGGAUGCAGUCAUUGUACGAAGAUCGCAAGUGUUGGGUUCCUACUUUUAUGAGGGGCGUAUCUUUUGCUGGCUUAUCCGCUGCUUCUAGAGAUGAAAGUAUGAACUCUUUUCUUGACAAGUAUAUCCAUGCCGAUACUUCUUUGCGAGAAUUCAUAGGAAAAUAUAAGUUGACCCUUGAAGACAGAUAUGAAGAAGAAGCAAAAGCAAACUUUGAUUCUUGGCAUGAAACUGUUGAAUUGAAAUCUCCAUCGCCGUUUGAGAAACAACUGUCUGUCUUAUGCACUAGUGAAAUAUUCAAGAAAUUUCAAGUUGAAGUGUUGGGGGCAGCUGCAUGCCAUCUUAGAAAAGAAAAAGAUGACACAACAAUGACGUAUGCUGUCAAAGACUUUGAAAAUGAUCAAGAUUUCAGUGUUGAAUGGACUGAAUCAAAGCUAGAAGUAUACUGCUCGUGUCAUCUGUUUGAAUACAAAGGUUUUCUUUGUAGGCAUGCUAUAGUGGUUCUCCAAAUGUCCGGGGUCUUCAAAAUUCCAGAUAAAUAUAUUUUACAACGUUGGAGCAAUGUUGCUAAAAGCAGGUUUCCAAUCAGUGAGAAUUUGGAGGAUGUGGAGUCUAAGGUCCGCCGUUAUAAUGAUCUAUGCCGGAGAGCCAUUAUAUUGGGUGAAGAAGGAUCUCUCUCUCUGGAGAGUUAUAAUGUUGCAAUGAGUGCUAUCAAAGAAGCUAUCGGGCAGUGUGCAACAGUGAAUGGCACUGCCCAGAUGGAUGACAUGCUUACGACCCGUGUCUUCCAGGGCACCGGAGAAGCAAAUCAUAAAUGCACAGCUGUAGCUGGAGAUCAGGUGUCUGACAUUGAAGUGUCACCAGCAAAUAGGGGGCCCAAAAGAGUAAAUUCUUUCAAUGAAAAGGAAAGUAAUGGAAGCUAUGCCAAUAAAAAGGGAAAGGUGCCUUUGGAAAUGGAAUUCUCAAAUUUCAGGACACAGUUUUCAUUGGAGUAGGAUAUGUCUGGUAACCUGGGUUGUCCUACAUUCUACCCAAGGUUCCUUACAAAUCUGCUGAGGGGUGGCGAAGUUAAUAAGAGAAGUGUGGAAUUGCUCAGUGAGAUGUUGGAGGAACAAAGUUGAAGGUUGUGCAAUCAUGGAUCUUCAUGAAGCAAGUUUUAGGGCCUUUCCUCUUCAGAAUACAACACAGUAGUGGGUGGAUAGUGGCAUCUGACAGCGCAAAAUUGGAAGCACUGCGAGCUGAGGACCGUUUUUGUUUAUGGUCUGGUUGAGAAGAUCUGCAUUUAGCAGGAGUAAAAUUUGCAACGUGUUUCGUUUUAGUUUCAGUAAGUCGUAUAUCAGUGGGUUGUUAGAAUUGGGGGGGGGGGGGAGUAAUAAAAGGAUUCCUCUCUCUCAUUUUUGUUUCCCAUGUUACAUUCUCUUCUCCCAUGCAUGUAUAAAUAAUAAUUGCAGACUAUUCAAGAGGUGAUUUAGAGAGUAAACACAUUUGUACUCUGUGUUUAAUACGUCCUUCCUCCGUUAUUAAAUAACUGUUAUUAUG